GAGCUUUCUUUUAAGAAGCGAAGAGAUUGAGAGAAGAAGCACGAGCGGGAGCCAAGGACGGACGAAGACCUGAUCAGCGAUUCUUGAGAUCUCGCUCCGGUGAUCGUCUCCAGAUCUGAGAUCCCUAGGGUGGUGGGGUUUGGAAGGGAGGGAGAAGGAUGCUGACGAAGUUUGAGACGAAGAGUAAUCGGGUGAAAGGGCUGAGCUUUCAUAGCAAGCGGCCAUGGAUCCUUUCCAGCUUGCACAGCGGGGUGAUCCAGCUCUGGGACUACCGAAUGGGCACUCUUAUUGACCGCUUUGACGAGCAUGAUGGGCCUGUUCGUGGCGUCCACUUCCAUAAGUCCCAACCUCUCUUCGUCUCUGGAGGUGAUGAUUACAAGAUCAAAGUUUGGAAUUACAAAGAACAUCGUUGUUUAUUUACACUUCUUGGGCACCUUGACUACAUCCGCACGGUCCAAUUUCAUGAUGAGUACCCCUGGAUUGUCAGUGCUAGUGAUGACCAGACUAUUAGGAUCUGGAACUGGCAGUCACGCACUUGCAUUUCUGUGCUGACAGGGCACAACCACUAUGUCAUGUGUGCAUCAUUUCAUCCAAAGGAAGACUUGGUGGUUUCAGCUUCCUUGGAUCAGACAGUUCGUGUUUGGGAUAUUGGUGCAUUGAGGAAGAAGACAGUGUCUCCUGCUGAUGAUAUUUUGCGGCUUAGUCAGAUGAAUGCAGAUUUGUUUGGGGGAGUUGAUGCUGUUGUCAAGUAUGUAUUAGAAGGUCAUGAUCGUGGUGCCAACUGGGCUUCUUUUCAUCCAACUCUGCCUCUUAUUGUAUCUGGAGCAGAUGAUCGGCAAGUGAAACUAUGGCGAAUGAACGAUACAAAGGCUUGGGAAGUAGACACAUUGAGGGGGCACAUGAACAAUGUUUCAUGUGUAAUGUUCCAUGCAAAGCAGGAUAUUAUUGUUUCCAACUCAGAAGACAAAAGCAUUCGUAUCUGGGAUGCUACAAAGCGUACUAGCAUUCAGACUUUUCGCCGUGAGCAUGACCGUUUCUGGAUUCUUGCUGCCCAUCCAGAAAUGAACCUUCUUGCAGCUGGUCAUGACAGUGGUAUGAUUGUCUUUAAAUUGGAGAGAGAACGUCCUGCUUUUUCUGUUAGUGGAGAUUCUGUAUACUAUGUCAAAGAUCGCUUCCUGCGAUACUAUGAGUUCUCGUCCCAGAAAGAAGUUCAGGUGCUUCCAAUAAGAAGACCGGGAUCUGUUAGCCUGAAUCAAGGACCAAGGACACUUUCAUAUAGUCCCACAGAGAAUGCUGUUUUGAUCUGUUUUGAUGUAGAUGGUGGGUCAUAUGAACUUUAUAUUGUUCCAAAAGAUACCUCUGGAAGGAGUGAUUUUGUGCAGGAUGCAAAGAAAGGAUCUGGGGGGUCAGCUGUUUUUGUAGCUCGUAAUAGGUUUGCAGUGUUGGACAAGGGUAGCAAUCAGGCAUUGGUUAAGAACCUUAAGAAUGAGAUUGUGAAGAAGAGUCCUCUUCCUAUUGCAACUGAUGCGAUAUUUUAUGCUGGCACUGGCAAUUUGUUGUGUAGGGCUGAGGAUAAAGUUGUCAUCUUUGAUCUUCAGCAAAGGAUUAUCCUUGGGGAGCUUCAGACUCCUUCUGUGAAGUACAUUGUCUGGUCAAGUGAUAUGGAGAAUGUUGCAUUGCUCAGCAAACAUGCUAUUGUUAUUGCCACCAAGAAACUUGUCCACAAGUGCACUUUGCAUGAGACUAUCCGUGUGAAAAGUGGUGCUUGGGAUGAAAAUGGGGUCUUCAUAUACUCAACUUUGACCCACAUCAAGUAUUGCCUUCCCAAUGGGGAUAAUGGUAUCAUAAAAACUCUUGAUGUUCCCAUAUACAUUACCAAGGUUUCUGGGAGUAGCAUUUAUUGCUUGGACCGUGAGGGUAAGAGUCAACUCGUGAUAAUUGAUGCUACUGAAUAUAUCUUCAAGCUCUCCCUUUUGAGAAAAAGAUAUGACCAUGUGAUGAGCAUGAUCAGGAAUUCGCAGCUAUGUGGACAGGCAGUGAUUGCCUACCUCCAGCAAAAGGGUUUCCCAGAGGUGGCUCUGCAUUUUGUCAAAGAUGAGAGGACACGAUUCAACCUGGCUAUUGAAAGUGGGAACAUUCAGAUUGCUGUUGCUUCAGCGAAGGAAAUAGAUGAGAAAGAUCACUGGUAUAGGCUAGGGAUUGAGGCUCUUCGUCAGGGAAAUACCAGUAUCGUUGAAUAUGCAUACCAGAGGACAAAGAACUUUGAGAGGCUUUCUUUUCUUUAUCUCAUAACUGGAAACACAGAGAAAUUGUCCAAAAUGCUGAAAAUAGCAGAGAUUAAGAAUGAUGUGAUGGGCCAGUUCCAUAAUGCCAUGUAUUUAGGUGACAUUCAGGAACGUGUGAAGAUCUUGGAGAAGUCAGGCCAUUUACCCCUUGCCUAUGUCACUGCUGCCACACAUGGGCUUACCGAGGUUGCAGACAGGCUUGCAGCAGAGCUGGGAGACAAUAUUCCUUCUAUACCGGAGGAAAAGGCUCGAUCGCUCAUGCUGCCACCUCCUCCCCUAAUGUGCGGUGGAGAUUGGCCAUUAUUGAGGGUAAUGAGAGGUAUUUUCGAAGGUGGGCUGGAUAACGUGGGAAGGGGAGGACUUGAAGAUGAAGAAGACGAAGAAGCUAAUGCUGCUGACUGGGGCGACGAGGUACUGGAUAUUGUGGAUGUAGAGGGUGUUAUACAGAAUGGCAACAUUGGAGAUGUCGAGGAUGGUGAAGCCGAUGAGGAGAAUGAUGAGGAAGGAGGCUGGGACCUGGAAGAUCUGGAAUUGCCACCUGAUGUUGAAACUCCCAAGGCCACAGCUCAUGCCAGGUCUAAUUUAUUUGUUACUCCGACAGCAGGCAUGCCGGUGAGCCAAAUUUGGACCCAGAAAUCAUCCCUUGCCGGGGACCAUGUGGCAGCUGGAAAUUUUGACACUGCAAUGCGGUUGCUUAGCCGGCAACUUGGCAUCAAGAAUUUUGCUCCCUUGAAACCCAUGUUUAUGGAUCUAUUCAUGGGCAGCCACACAUAUUUGCAAGCCUUAGCUUCAGCUCCAGUGCUAUCAACUGCUUUGGAGAAGGGAUGGACCGAGUCAUCCACUCCUAAUGUUAGGAGUCCUCCGGCCCUUGUGUUUAAGCUGUCACAAUUGGAUGAGAAGCUGAAGGCGGCCUAUAAAAGCACAACAGAAGGGAAGUUCCCUGACGCUUUACGUCAAUUCCUUAACAUCUUGCACACCAUUCCGCUAAUUGUAGUAGACUCAAGGAGGGAGGUUGAUGAAGUCAAAGAGCUUAUUGAAAUCACGAAAGAAUAUGUAUUGGGCUUGAAGAUGGAGGUCAAACGGAAAGAAACCAAGGACAACUUGGUCAGGCAGCAGGAGUUGGCAGCAUACUUCACCAACUGCAAGCUUCAAAAAAUUCAUGCAAGACUCGUGCUUACAAGCGCAAUGACCAUCUGCUUCAAGGCGGGCAAUUAUGCCACUGCUUCCAACUUUGCUAGGAUGCUCUUAGAGAACAGCCCCACCGAACCCCAAGCGAAGAAGGCAAGGCAAGUCCUGCAGGCCUGUGGUGAUAAGAAAGACACACAGCAGCUGAACUAUGACUUCCGGAAUCCAUUUGUUGUUUGUGGAGCAACCCUCGUUCCAAUCUACCGCGGUCAGAAGGACAUGUCCUGCCCUUAUUGCGGAGCCAGGUUCGUCCCGGCAAUUGAAGGGCGGCUCUGUGCUGUUUGCGAACUUGCUGUUGUCGGGUCCGAUGCAUCAGGCCUGCUAUGUUGUCCAGCUCAGAUAAGAUGAUCGAUUUAUAGAUGAGGUAUGCAUGAAUGAAUCAUUAUGCAUUGUAUUGUCAUCCAUUUCAUUUGUGUUCUUUAACUUGAAGACUAUCAUGUGAUAUCUUUUGGCAAGAACAAUGAGUUACUGAUUGCAUGGGCCGUAAAGCAAUAAGAGGUCGGUAAAUCUCGGUGAUGCUAUCGAUCAUUUUAUAUAUUAAGUGGUGUUUAGCCAGGUUCGACGAGCAUCAAGUGAAGCUUAGUUUUGUUUUUAAAAGCAAUGGCAGCCAUUGUGUUAUAGAGAAAAAUAUGUCAGGUGUGCUGCUUUGUCAAUGAGGUCAGCUCUCACUUCUGCUUCCCUUUUUUUUUUUCCUUUCUAUUGUUUUUUUGUUUGUUAGGCAACAUGGAAGCUUUCUUAAUUCUGUUUGGGUUUGUACUUUAAAAAAGAGUAUGUUUGUUUACUUUUUCCAUCAAAAGCAUUUGUAGUUCAUAUUAUAGUGAAUGACUUUUGGAAGGGUUUGGUUGGAGUGUUUGGGGUACUA